AAACGCCACAUCAUCUAUUUUUUGUUAAUGAUACUGGACAAAAUUACGCAUCUCAGCAUCUAAAUAUAACCAGCAAAGAAAUAUGCGAUGUAAGAUUAAAUAAGACAGCAUUGAUAACAAAUUUGACUCGCAAUACAAUUUAUCGCGUUAAUUCCGAGAAAAGUGUUAUAGCUUUCAUGGGAAAAGAAAUGUUCCUUGCUCUGAGUGAUGACUAUCUGGGCACUGAAUAUGUAGUCCCGGUAUACCACGAUAUCACAUGGAGGAGUAUCCUGGGAUUGGGCAACCCGACUAACGAUGAUAUAACUGUCAGCUUAAAAUUCCCUGAAAAAAGAAACUUCGAAGGAAACUUGUGUCCAAAUGAGACGUUGGACCUGACUCUGCAGAGUUACGAAACAGAAUCUCUAACAUACAGCUGUGAUAUAACAGGAACGCGAAUUGUUUCUUCAGAAAAGCUGAUCGUUUACACAGCAAGUAUACCAUUGAGCAACUCAGGAGGAGCAGAAUAUCUUCUGGAACAACUGUUACCAAUCACCUUGUGGGGAACGCAUUACGUGGUGGUCCCUUUAGGAGAUCGUCCUUACGGCAAUGUAUUGACGAUUGUGACUGCUAUUGACGACACGACAAUCCAUAUUUCAGGGUAUGAUUUUGUCACCAUUCCGAACAAGUAUGAUAGGAUCCAAAGACGAGUCGACCUUGAUACUCCUCUUACCAUUCGGUCUUCACAAGUCGUGUCUGUUUUGCAAACAUUUUGGUUCCUCUCUGGAGAGAGGGGUUCUGUUAAUCUAAUUCCUAUUGCUUUUAAAACUGACUUACAGAAAACAUUCGACGACACCGAUUCCUUGAGAUAUGCUUAUGUAUCUAACAUCGGCUACAAUGGAAGCGAAUAUGUUCCUCUGUCCAAUUACUUUGCAUAUAGAAAUCAGUCUGAACUACUAACCGCUGCACAAGGAUGUACCGUGACAUCAGCUACUCCUGAUCAGAAGGGAGGUACGCAUUGUGGAUUCUCUAAAGACAACAUUAGUGACAGCGUAUGGCCAAAUAAAAGCCACUUAACCACAGAAGAGUUAAAAGAAAUUUUCAGUUGCUGUGAGUAUUAA